GCCUGACGGCGCUUCAUGGGCCCCUCCGGCUCGGGGAAGUCGACCAUGCUUCGACUCUGCUGGGGGCGGCUGGCGACCCAACGCUUCAUGUCCGCCAGUCUGCUCAACGGCCAGAGAGGACCAACGCUGUCCUUCGGAACCGCGGCGUAUGUAACUCAAGACGACAACUUGAUCGGAACCCUAACAGUAAGAGAAACGAUCAUGUACUCGGCUCGCGUCCGGCUGCCUGACAAAAUGCCAACUGAGGAGAAGAGAGCUCUCGUCGAGGGGACGAUCGUCGAAAUGGGCCUUCAGGAUUGUGCAGAUACUGUAAUUGGUAACUGGCAUUUGAGGGGAAUCAGUGGAGGAGAGAAGAGGAGGGUGAGCAUUGCUCUUGAGAUCCUAAUGAGGCCUAGGUUACUGUUCUUGGAUGAGCCUACCAGUGGUCUUGACAGUGCUUCGGCUUUUUUCGUUACACAAACGCUUCGGAGCCUGUCAAGAGAUGGCAGGACCGUUAUCGCGUCGAUUCAUCAGCCGAGCAGUGAGGUUUUCGAGCUGUUUGAUCGACUGUUUUUGCUUUCAGGAGGUAAAACUGUCUACUUUGGCCAAGCUUCAGAGGCCUAUGAGUUCUUUGCACAAGCUGGGUUCCCCUGUCCAUCUCUGAGAAACCCAUCUGAUCACUUUCUUAGAUGCAUAAACUCUGAUUUCGAUAAGGUGAAGGCUACACUCAAAGGAUCAAUGAAAAUGCGGUACGAGAGGAGCGAUGAUCCUCUGGAGAAGAUCACGACGGCUGAAGCAAUCAGAAGGCUAACGGAGUUCUACACCCGUUCCCAGUAUUACUAUGCUGCAAGAGAAAAAGUCGAAGAAAUAUCACGAGUUAAAGGAACAGUCUUGGACGCAGGAGGAAGCCAAGCUAGCUUCUUUAUGCAAGCGUUCACUCUAACAAAACGUUCGUUCAUCAACAUGUCAAGAGAUUUUGGAUAUUACUGGCUCAGGCUCGUUAUAUACAUUGUUGUUACCAUUUGUAUCGGUACAAUUUACUUCAACGUUGGAACAAAAUAUAGCUCGAUCCUGGCUAGAGGUGCCUGUGCUUCCUUCGUGUUUGGAUUCGUUACAUUCAUGUCCAUUGGAGGGUUUCCUUCAUUCGUUGAAGAUAUGAAGGUUUUUCAGCGAGAGAGGCUCAACGGGCAUUAUGGAGUGGCCGCAUUUGUGAUAAGCAAUACUCUAUCGGCAAUGCCGUUCUUGAUAAUGAUAACAUUUGUAUCAGGAACUAUUUGUUACUUUAUGGUACGGCUUCAUCCGGGCUUCAUACACUAUUUGUUCUUUGUGUUGUGCCUGUACGCAAGUGUCACGGUGGUUGAGAGCUUGAUGAUGGCUAUCGCAAGUGUCGUUCCUAAUUUCCUCAUGGGAAUCAUCAUAGGAGCUGGGAUUCAGGGAAUCUUCAUGCUGGUCUCUGGGUAUUUCAGGCUUCCUCAUGACAUACCGAAGCCUUUCUGGCGCUAUCCAAUGACGUACAUCAGCUUCCAUUUUUGGGCAUUGCAGGGCCAAUACCAAAAUGAUCUCCAUGGCAUAACCUUCGAUAACCAAUCCCCUGACCUCCCGAAAAUCCCAGGCGAUUACGUUCUUGAAAAUGUUUUCCAGAUUGAUGUUCACAGAUCCAAAUGGGUGGACCUCACAGUUCUCUUUAGUAUGAUUAUAAUUUAUCGCAUUCUCUUCUUCAUCAUGAUCAAGAUCAGUGAAGAUGUGACUCCAUGGAUCAGAGGAUUAAUUGCGAGGAGAAGACUGAAGAAGAAGAAGAUCAACAGUCGACGCCCUGUAGGCUCGAUCGAUCUUGUUCACAGGACUCCUUCACUCAGAGGCUAUGUGGUAGAACCUGGUUCGAGCCAGUAGAGGUCUGAACCUGAAACAUAAAUUUUCACUUUACAGGGAAAAAAGAAUAUGUGAUUAUACUCGACAGCUUUAUCAAUGUUAUUUGUUUGAAUGCUUCUCUAAUCCGAGAUGAUGAUUGUUUGUGAUUGCUGACAAUGGCAUGAAACCUUUCAGGAGUUGUUAGAUAUACUUAUCUUUGAAUUAAUGGUUAAUUGCAGAGACUCCCUGUAAUUGUUGUAGAUAAACCCCGAGUGAAAUUUUUUGACUCUUUUAUCCUCACAGAAAGAGAAUUGUUUCUUGACAAUAGACCUUCUGAGGGUAAAAGGAGUCAAAAAAACGUUUAGUCAGGGGAUCUAUCUGCAACAAUAGAAUUACAAGGGGUCUAUUUGUAA